AAAUUAUUGGCAGAAGCUAAAAAAAAACAAACAGGAAGCUGUCACCAUGAAAAUUGAACUCUUGAUCGGUGUCUUCCCAUGGCUGUGUAUUUUAGCUUCGUCAACAUCAAGCGUUGUAAACAACACGGACAACGAGCUCGGUCCCCUUCGGAACGUUUGUGUUUCAACGAUAUCGCACACUGUUACAUAUUUAGAGCGUGUAUAUUUCACCAGAAUUGUCCACACACGAAAAUGCAAAUUGAUUGUGUUUUGUAAAACCGUUUACAGUUUACAACGACUUUCUCGGCUAGAAAGGAGAACGAAGAUCAUCUACAGAAUGAAGGCCCACUGUUGUAAAGGUUUCACGAAGAAGGACAACCUCUGCAUUUCAAUUACAACACCAGCUCCCAGCACAACUGUCAUGCCAACUACUAAGACUUUCUUUGAAAUUCACUCUUCAGGCAGAAUAAGGAUCGAUGGAGGUCCUCUUUUUACCAAAGCUGCUUAUAGUGGCACCACCAAAUCCUCUCCCUGGAACCAAACUGUCACCACGACGUAUACCAACAGCAGUUAUUUUCCUCGAUACGGCGAAGUGUCCAUCACCUCUGGAAGCAGUAUGGUCACCAAAAUCGCGGUCGUGGUCAGCGCGGCUGUUGCAGCUUGUCUCUUGGCUGCAAUUAUUGUUGCAUGUCGGCGCAGGAAGAAGGCAGCCAACUCUACAAGUGAAAUCCCGUGUGACAGAGAAGUCCUCGCUCUUCCACCAAACUCACGAAACAACUGCUGGGACUUACCUGAAGGUUUAAGCUGUAACGUGGCGGCACCGGAUGAGAAUUACUACGUUAGUAUGAACAACGGUUUCACCUCGGAAACACCCAACGUCAACAGGAUGCUCUCCACACGAGGCUCUCGGUACAGAUUUGAUGACCUCGAGGAAGGAAACUGCGGCGGCAGGACCCGAGGAGACACACUUUAUGUGCUCCCUGAUCCAAAAUUUGGGCAAGGAAAUGCGAAAACCUGCAGGAUAAGAGAGGAGCCUGAACAGAAUUGUGGUAGUUCUUCAGAUAUUUACGUCAACGAGAGGCCGGAAAGUUCUGAAGGAACCUCUGCUAACAACGACAACGAUGAUAUAUACUCAGAAAUUAAGAGCAGCACCAACAACACUUCGCAGCCAUUGCACUAUGCAACGUACGAAGACAUCAACCAAGAUAACAAGACGGAUGUUAACGGCAACGGUAGAGGUGGUCGUGGUAAGGAUGGCAGUGGAAGAAGUGAUAAGGCUAAAGGCGAAUUUAUGGAACUAACAGACCUUGCAAAGACGAAAAAUGAAGAUACUUACAACGUACCAAAAUCUCGUUCUAAAUUUAACAACCAGAAAUCGUCCGACGAUCGUGGCGACGAUACUGCUGAUGGUGGUGGUGCUGGUGCUGGUGACGACCGCAAAAACAAUAAUGGGGAUGAUGAUAGCAUUGAAGGGAGUCGCAGCAAAACCUGCGACAGUGGAAUCUAUAUCUAUCUGAACAGUAAAGAAGAGGAUGACGAGCAGGAGGACGAAAGUGACAUCAUUUACAGCGUUCCAUAUAGCAACAGCAACAAUAACAACAGCAACAACAACAACAGCAAUUGCAACAACAACAACAACAGCCCAUCGCACAGUGACUGCAUUAAGUGCCCUGACACGCGACAACCAAGAAAACAACGGCGCGCUGCCGUCGUCCAGUCGCACGUCUACCAAAACGCCAUGUUCGAUGGCGAAGAAGCUGGACACAGCAACGACGUUGCAAAGACGAACGCUGCCUCGUCACUUUCGUCGUCGCCAUCACCGUCUUUAUCGUCGUCGUCGUCGCUGCAACAGUGGCAAAACGAGGGCAUGAUAUACAGAAACGUAGCAGACGAUUGUUGCGACGAUCAGACUUUGUACCAAGACAUCGACAACACAAAGAAUGAGGUCCAUGUCUGAGAUGGAAAUGGAUGAAAAGAUGGCGUACGUGUGUGUGUGUGUUUGUAUGUGUACGCACGCGUGUGAAGAUAUACAGGUGUGUGUGUGUGUGUGGGGGGUGUAUCAAGAUAUAUAAAUAUAAGUUCCAGAGGAGCAUGCAUGUGUAUAUGUG